AUGAUGGAGGGCAUGGAAAUCGACACCGACCUGACCACGCACUCGAUCCUCCUCGCCGCGACCAACCACGACGUCCCCGCGCUGCGCGACCUGCUGCGCAACACGUCCGCCAACGUGCAGGACGAAGACACGGGCUUCACGCCCCUCCACGCCGCCGUCGCCGCCUUCGAGCCCGAGAAAGAAGAAGGAGAAGGAGAAGAAGAAGAGCAGAAUGGCGGCGAAGGGCAGACCACCAACGGCCACGCCGCGGCGGCAGAGACGAAGCCGCCGCAGCCCAGCGCCGAAGAACUGGACAAGGCGGUCCGCACGAUCAAGGUCUUGAUGGCGAAUGGCGCCAUCUGGAACGAUUUGGACGUCAACGGCGAGACGCCCGGCUGCAUCGCCGCGCGCCUGGGGCUGAAGGAGCUCUACGAGUUGUUCGUGGAUGCUGGCGUGCGGGCGGAGCUGUUGCUGAGCCGCCUGGAUGAGUACCAGAUCCUGGGCGGCAGCGGCGGGGAGUCUGACGAGGACGAGGAGGAUGACGAGGAGGGUGAGGGCGAGGAGAUCGAGGUGGUGGAGGGUGAGGGCGUGGAGGGGUACGAGCUCGUGCAGGAAGAGGGCGGCAAGGGCGAGGACCUGAGCGCGUCGGGCGUUGUGGUCGAGGCUGUGGAGGAGGAUGGGGGCGAGAAAGAGGGUGAGGAGGGUGGUCCGGCGAAUCCGGACGUCAAAAGUGCAGAGUACCUGGCGUCGGAGCUGACGUUCGAGGGGGAUCGGUUGCUCGACGCGGACAAGAACGGCGUGAUGAUGGCGUGGGAGACGUCGAUCAUGCAGCGCAGCGCAGAUCUGCUGCUGCCGAAGGAAGGGCUGCGCGUGCUCAACGUCGGUCACGGUAUGGGCAUCAUCGACAGGAUCAUCCAGGAGAAGAAGCCAACCGAGCAUCAUAUUAUCGAGGCACACCCGGCCGUGGUGAGGCGCAUGAAGGAGGAGGGCUGGACGGAGAAGAAGGGAGUUUCCGUGCACGAAGGCAAGUGGCAGGACGUGGUAGAGGACCUCGUUGCCCAGAACAUCACCUUCGAUGCCAUCUACUUCGAUACGUUCGCCGAGGAUUACAAGGCGCUCCGCGAGUUCUUCAGCGAGUAUGUCAUUGGAUUGCUUGAUUCAGAGGGCAGAUUCGGCUUCUUCAACGGUCUUGGUGCGGACAGAAAGAUCUGCUACGAUGUCUACACGAAGGUCGUUGAGCUGGACCUCUUCGAAGCCGGCUUCGACACUGAGUUUGAGGAGAUCCCCAUCCCAGACCUCGACGCGAACGGCGAGUGGGAGGGCGUCAGGCGGAAGUACUGGGUGCUUGACACCUACAGACUUCCUACCUGCAAGUUCAUCGGUUGA